AUGAGAUAUGUGUCGCUGUCGGAUUCGAACGAUGAUGACUGCGUCAAUGCAAACCAUGAAAUUGCAGCAACUCGUCCGAUUUUGAGAAGCGGCAAGUUACCAGAAAGACGGAAAUAUCUGAUGGCAGGUGCGACUAUUAUGACAGUUUUCCUAAUUUAUGUCAUUCUAAAAAGCGACAAGUCAUCCAUUCCCAUUAGACUUUCUAAGGAAGAAUUAUUGAAAAUUGAGGAAAACUAUCGGAAGCAAGACUUGAUUAAAAAAGAGGUUGAAAUGAAACUCGACCACAUUGAUAACAUCAAGGCUAAUAAUUCUGAUAAAUUACCGCCACGAAAAUUUACUGGUAAAACCGCAUAUACGAUGUGUCGAUCUGGCGCCGGCAAUUGCGUGCAACGUUACGCCAGGAUAUUCCCAUUCCUUGUGGCGGCUCCCAAAUACAAAUUGAUGGCAUGCUUGAUCCAAAAAAGUAUGGCCACAGUGAUGUCGGCAAUCAUGUGUUAUCUGUUUCGUGAAAAGGAAUUUAUCAGUCACGGACGUAGCAUACUUAGUGAAUUCGCCAAUAAUAACUUUUGUGAGAAGAAGAAUAAACACGGAGACGUAGAAGGAAUGAAAAUACAUUUGAAUAUCACGGAUCUUUCUGCAUGGAAAUUUAUAAUGGUGACUCGGGAGCCAGUGGAUCGUUUCCUGUCGGGUUUUCUCGAUCGCUGCAUACGAGCUGGAGAUUCAUGCAACGGUUGCGGAAACAAUAUGACAUGUUUUCUUGAGACAGAGUAUGAGAGAGCACUAGAUUUCGCCUACGCCGAGAGGAUGCAUUUUGAAAAACCGACUCUUUCUUUUGAAGAUCUUCACAUAUUUCCACAAACUUGGCACUGCAGUAUGCAAAGGCAUUACGAUUACAAAUUUAUACGAUACUCAAGUGAUCCAAGUGAAACGCUGUUGGAAGAUUUGUCUCAAGUACUUCGAGCACAAAAUGUUUCCGAUUCUUCAAUCGACUACAUUGCUGAAUCACUGAAGUCUGGUCGAACUUUUCACAGUACAGUAACCAGUUCAGCAAGAGCUUUUCUUGAACAACGUCUUAGAAGCAGCCCAUACUUGAUGGAGUUGCUCGUUCGGUUAUUUUAUCACGAUUAUAUAAUGCUAGGCUAUGAAAUGCCUAAAUUAGAUUUUGAUGCAUAG